AUGUUAAGCAAGGCUCUUUUGUACGUUAAGCUCGUCCUCAUCUUCGCCCGUUUGAUCGGCGGCGAGGCCCGACGACUGCUACGCUUCCGCCGCGUGCGCAGCCAGGCCAAAAAGAAUGGCUCGACACCGUCAGCCGAACGCACGCACAACAUUGUUGUGAUUGGUGCAUCAUUUGCCGGACACUACGCCGCGCGCAUCCUCGCGCGCUCGCUGCCGCCGGACAGCAAGUACCGAGUCGUGGUGGUCGAGCCGAACAGUCAUUUCCAGUUUACGUGGGUGCUGCCGCGCUUCUGCGUCAUCCCAGGCGGCCACGAGCACAAGGCCUUCGUCCCGUACGGCAAGUAUGCAGACGCGGUGGACGGCGCGCUGCACUGGAUCAAGGACCGCGCUGCCCGGAUCACCGAGUCGGAGGUGGUGCUACAGGAUGGGGACGAAAGCAUUCCAUACGAAUACCUCGUAAUUGCCACGGGCGCAGCGGUCCAGAGCGGGCUGCCGUCUCGCGUGAAUAACACGGAAAAGACUGAGGGCGUCAAGCUUCUGCAGGCCAUGCAGCAGAGGAUAGCGCAGGCAGAUACGGUUGUCGUAGUCGGCGGUGGCGCAGCGGGCGUCGAGGUUGCGACAGACGCAAAGAGCCUGUACCCUGGGAAGCACAUUAUUCUGGUGCAUUCUCGCGCGGCUCCAAUGCAUCGCUUCGGAAAGGAUUUGCAAAUCGCUGCCAUGGAAGGAUUGAAGAGACUCGACGUGGAGGUGAUUUUGGAAGAUCGUGUCAUUGAAGAAGACGACGCCAACGGCAGUGUGACACUAAAAUCGGGCCGCAAAAUAGACUGCAAUUAUUUUAUCAACUGCACGGGCCAGAAGCCGAAUUCGUCAAUCCUCUCGACACUUUCGCCUACUUCCAUCUCAUCGUCAGGCUACAUCAAGGUCAAGCCUACUUUGCAGCUACUUGACGAGAACUUUCAAAACAUUUACAGUUGUGGCGAUGUCACCGACACCGACGUUCCGACACCGAACGCGCGUUCGGCGAUGCAGCAGUCUGUCGUGGCCGCCGAAAACAUCCUGCUCGCUAUCGAGGGCAAAGCACCCGAGCACGAGUACCGACACAACUGGCCCGAAAGCCUCAUCAAGUUGACCCUGGGACUGGACCGCUCCGUCACACAUUUGAGUGACGGCAAGUCGGACAUUCUCUGGCGAAGCAAGGAGAAAAACGAGGCGCUCAUGGCGGCCCAGUGCUGGAAGUCGCUGGGACAAGUGCCCUUUGAGGAUGAAUGUAGGGAGAACCAGAAGCCAGAAAGCCAGCAGUAG